ACUGAGCAAGUGACUUGAUGAAAGAUGUUCUUUGUGACGUGUUUAUUAUCUUGGCAGUGUGUUUGUUUGAGCCUAAGACAAGCUUAAUUACUAAGUAAAGAGCUGAAAGAAGUUUGAAGAAUUUGUUCAAUAGUUUGUUUUUCAAUAUGAAACUAAAAACUCGUUGCCAGGUAUUUCUAACAGUGGCCGUCAUUACAAUCUUUACAGCGAUGUAUUUUCUUCAUAGUCGUUCUACAAAGAAAUGUCGUGGUGAUGUGUCUGAACAUGGAGAUCCUUGGAUAAUGAAUUCGAAGGCACCAUUGUUACCAGUUCCUAAAGAUAUAGAAAUGACAGUUGGCCCUGAGGAAUGGAUAAGCAGGACAAUAAUUGAUCCGAAGCGAGAAUGUCCAUCAUUGCUACAAUUAAAAAAGAACGAUUCAGAUCUUGCUUGUCGGUUACCAGAGAUUGAUCCAUUCCAUCCAGCAAUAAUGAAGUUAUUCUCUGAUGUGGCAAACCCUAACUGUGCGAAGCACAAAUCCUAUGGAAAAUUAGUAAAUGGAAAAAUACAAUUCUUAGAUCCUGAAGUUAUUUCAGCGAAUUAUCGUCGGAUUAUUAGGCAAGGAGACUUUAAGUUCAUUCUUGGUAAAAAUGUCCCUGUACCAGCAAUGAAUACAGAAGAAAAAAUCACGGAUGAAUUUAUUGAAGUUGAAUAUUUGCUCAAAAAUAAGAAGAACGUUAAAGAAAUCUUUCUCCAGCCUGUCCAGCAUGAACAUUUGGUAAAACGAAAGGCAGAAAAACAACCAGGAAUACCGUUAAAUAUUUUAAUCAUUGGUGUAGAUUCACUAUCUCAUGCAAAUACACAGCGAAGACUGCCUAACGUAUAUAAAUAUCUCAAAAACGAACUUGGAGCGAUGUUUUUUAAUGGACACUCGAUAGUAGGGGACGGCACCACAGAACAAUUGACCGCUAUGUUAACUGGACAAGGAGAACUUGAACAAUAUGAAUCAAGACGCCAUCACAAAAACCCCAAGCCUGUAGAUGGAUGGUCUUGGAUAUAUAAGCGACUUAAAAAACGAGGUUAUGUAACUGGUUACUCUGGUGACUGGCCAAUUAUUGGUCCAUGGCAGUAUAGACUAAUGGGAUUCAAAAAUCCGCCCACAGAUUUCUAUACCAGGCCAUUUUUUUCUAUGGCUGAAAAACUGCUAAAAGGAAAAGACCAGUGCUUAGCUUCAAAAACUAUAUCAAAUGUUCAGUUUGAUUAUAUCCAAGAAGUGUUUGAUAUGUUCAAAAAACAAUUGAAGUUUUUUUUCUCAUUUAACGUACGUUACUCUCACAAUUCCAACAGUGAAACAUCGAAGAUUGAACCAGAUUUAUUAUCACUUCUAAAAGGUUUAAAACAAAAUAAUCAUCUCAACAACACAUUACUUAUAAUCAUGGGGGACCAUGGCACUCGAUAUGGCAAAAUACGAACUUUGGUGCAAGGAAAACUCGAAGAAAGACUUCCAUUUUAUUCAAUGGCAUUUCCAAAAUGGUUUCUCAGAGAACAUCCAGAGAUUUCGAAGAAUCUAAAACUAAACACAAACCGUUUGACGUCAUGGUAUGACGUAUACGCCACUUUCCGUCACAUGCUCAGUUAUCCUGAGGUCCCUGCUGAUAUAAAACACGGUCAAAGCUUGUUGAUAGAAGUUCCCAUAUCACGCACAUGUUCUCAGGCUAACGUUGAGGAACAUUGGUGUCCAUGCUUAGAAUGGGUAGAUGUAAAUCUUGGACAUAGUCACCUGAAUAAUUCAGCUCUUGCAGCAGUGGAGUUCAUGAACAAUGCUAACCUGGAACACAAAAAGAGUGCUGAAAACUGUCAAAAAUUAUCACUAAAGAAUAUAAAUUACGCGCUAUUCGAACGACCAAAUGAUAAAGUCUUGUCAUUUAAGCAAACAAACGAUUUGAAAGCUGCGUUUAGUGACAAGUCACGUCCAAAUCACAAGGAUUUUUGUCGCUAUCAAGUACAAUUUACGACGAUACCAAAUAAUGGAAUAUAUGAAGCAACCGUACGCUAUCAUAAAGAUUGGUUUAUUGUAAGCAAGGCUAUUAGCAGAGUGAACAAAUACGGGAGUCAACCAGAAUGCAUUGCAAGAGAUCUUCCGCAUUUAAGAAAAUAUUGCAUGUGCAAAAGAACUGAUGUGCGCGAAAUGUGUUGACUAUUGACACAAUUUCUAAAUAGAUCCUGAAGUUAUUUCAGCGAAUUAUCGCCGGAUUGUUAGGCAAGGAGACUUUAAGUUCAUUCUUGGUAAAAGUGUCCCUGUACCAGCAAUGAAUACAGAAGAAAAAAUCACGGAUGAAUUUAUUGAAGUUGAAUAUUUGCUCAAAAAUAAGAAGAGCGUUAAAGAAAUCUUGGCCUGUCCAGCAUGAACAUUUGGUAAAACGAAAGGCAGAAAAACAACCAGGAAUACCGUUAAAUAUUUUAAUCAUUGGUGUAGAUUCGCUUUCUCAUGCAAAUGCACAGCGAAGACUGCCUAACGUAUAUAAAUAUCUCAAAAACGAACUUGGAGCGAUGUUUUUUAAUGGACACUCGAUAGUAGGAGACGGCACCACAGAACAUUUGACCGCUAUGAUUGUUAACUGGACAAGGAGAACUUGAACAAUAUGAAUCAAGACGCCAUCACAAAAACCCCAAGCCUGUAGAUGGAUGGUCUUGGAUAUAUAAGCAACUUAAAGCAUUUUUUAUGGACCAGUUUUGACUUUGGGCACGGACACACAGUCUGAUGGACUAAACGAAAUAUGCAUGUGGAAUGAAUUUAAAGACAUUGCAUGGUUGAAAGAAGGUGAGUAAGCAGCAAUUCUCAAAUGAUAUAUGCUUGUUUGAGAAAAUUUUCCCAUUAUCCAGGUUCAAGAAAUCCUUCAUUUAUAUCUUCAUCGGUAAAAUACUUCCUAAAGCAAAGAAAGCGAACAAUUAAAGCUAGAGACAGCGAAGCAAAUAUGCAGAAAUCCAUCUAAUGCUGUGCGGAUUGCGGAAUACCAUGCAGAGAUGUAAACCAGGAACAAAAGAUCGGUGCAUGGUCUAAUAUAAAAAUAAAUAUUUUGCUGAUCCUAACGAAGUAAAUAGUUUCAUUUAGGAGGUAGACACCGAUCCAUAUUACACAUCCCAAAAAAUUCCAGAGGAAACUAGAAUCCCUAUACGCCGCGUUAACAGUGCAUGGUUUCUAAGUUAGUAAGUUUCUUCAUAAAACUUCAAUGGGUCCUGGUGGUUUACCUUAAAUUUACCAGUUUUGGAAAGAGUUUAGGGUUGACCCCAGGCCCAACUAUCACUGAAAUAUUCCGCUCAUUUUGAAAAAUGCUUGAAAUACGUGGUACCAUGAUGCCUGAAGAAUUCAUAUUAACUUAAUAUUGCUAUAUUAGCAUCAAAUGUCUUACUUAAGUUAUUUUCAUGGUGAUUAGUAUUUGCCAAGAAACAUGGACUGAGCAUUAUACACAACUUUUUUAUACACGCGACAUUUAUUACAACAACAACAACAUUUGGAAGCAGGGCUCUCAAUUUAAAUAUGCAUGUAUACAAUAUGC